ACAGCAAGUCGUGAUCUUCGAUUUUUUUCAAAUCUUCAAAUCAGAGCAAUUCCAAGAACACUUUCUAUAAACCCUAAUUUCAUUUUCCAAAUUACCCCCAAUUUUCGAUUUUAAUUACCAAAAUACCUCAGUAUUAUUGUUGUUCAGUUGAUUCAGAGAUAGUAAUUUUGAAUUCUCCGUCGGGACGUUAAAACGUACGGACGGCGGACUAUACCCUAGUUUCAGGUUCCAAAUUACCCCAAAUUUUCGAUUUUAAUUACGAAAAUACCUCAGUGUUUUCGCUGUUUAGUUGAUCCAAGUGCUAGGAAUUUUGAAUUGGAAAAUGAUCGUUAGAACGUACGGCCGUCGGAGUAGAAGCUACUCGGAAUCAGGGUUAAACGACGACGUUUCCGACCAAACACUUCCACCGGAGAAUACUCAAGAUAUUUACAGUUUUGGCUUUUCGUCUCAAGAUUCGGUUCACUGGUCGUCGAAUUUCAACAAUUCAGAUCCGUAUGAUGCCGGGACAUCUCAAGAAUUGACGAUUUUGCCCUCAAGAAAGGAGGAUAGGGAUUUGGAUUUUGAGGGUGAUGAUGGGGUUUUAUGGAAACCCAAGAAGGUAAAGAUGUUUGAUUGGGAGACGUACAGUUUGAAUUCAUCACAAGAAUCCGAUGAAUUUUCGAUGGAGUAUGGGAGGUUUGAUGGGGGUUUACAGGAACAGAAGGUGAAGAAGACUGGGACGGGUAAGGAAAAUGGGGUUUUGUUAAAGAAGAAGAAGAAGAAGAAUAAGGUGAAACUCAUGGAGCUGGGAUUGCCUUCGUUGGGACCCUCAGCGACUUUGAUGGAGACUCAAGAGUGUGGUGAGAUGAUGGAACAUAUGGAUGAGGUGAAUUUUGCAUUGGAUGGUUUGAGGAAAGGGCAGCCUGCGAGAAUCAGAAGGGCGAGUUUGUUGUCGUUGCUAUCUAUAUGUGGAACAGCGCAGCAGCGUCGCCUUUUACGGGCUCACGGGAUGGCAAAAACAAUUAUUGAUGCUGUUUUGGGACUCAGCUUUGAUGAUUCACCCAGCAACCUUGCUGCAGCAGCUCUAUUCUACAUUUUGACCAGUGAUGGAGGAGACGACCAUCUUCUUGAUUCGCCCAGCUGCAUUCGCUUUCUUAUCAAAUUGUUAAGACCAGUUGCUGCUCCUGCUUCCACAGCAAAGGCUCCAACUAUUGGGAGCAAACUUUUGGCUAUGCGCUUGGAUGCUGAUGUGUCUCAUGAUUCUGUAAAAGGGACAGAUUCUACUUCCUCUUCAAUAAUCCGCAAGGUGCAGGAGGUUCUUGUUUCUUGCAAGGAAAUAAAGCCAAAUGAUGGACAUGAUGGACAUGACAGAGCAGAAUUAAACCCAAAAUGGAUUAGUUUACUGACGAUGGCAAAAGCUUGCUUGUCUGCUAUCUCUAUUGAAGACACUACUGGUACCGUGCGGAGAAAUGGGGGAAACUUCAAAGAAAAGCUGAGAGAGCUUGGAGGACUUGAUGCAGUCUUUGAGGUGGCAAGGAGUUGUCAUUCUGUUUUGGAGGGAUGGUCAGAGCAAAGCUCACAAUGUAUCUUAGAUUCUAAAGAUAAUGCUGCCGUAGAAAGUCUGGUGCUACUCUUAAAAUGUUUGAAGAUCAUGGAAAAUGCGACCUUUCUUAGUACGAAUAAUCAGAAUCACUUGCUUCAAAUGAAAGGAAAAUUUGAUAGUCUGAACUCCCCAAGGUCUUUCACAAAGCUAAUCUUAAGUGUGAUCAAGAUUCUCUCAGGGGCUUACCUGCGUAGAACUUUAUUGGCAAGUUCCAACGAUGGAAAAGUCUAUAACCUUUCUGAUGGAACUGCUCGUGCUUCAGAAUUACGUUUACUAUCAGACGAGAAAGAUGAAGGCUGUCAGAUUGUGUGCAUUGAUUCUUCUACGACAUGCUAUACAAGUGAAGGUUUCUGUUCCCAAAAGAACUUAGGUGAAACUCAAACUGAUCAGAUUGGUUCGUCCACAUCUAAUUUAGAAUUCACUAGCACUUCCACCAGUGAUUCUUGGCAGCUUAAACUGAGGAUUGAAUCUUCCAAGUCUGGGUCAUGUAGUGGAACCUCUGAGGACUUCAGUUUUGGGGGCAAAAAGAAUUCAUCAAAAGUGAAUUUUUUGAUUGGUGAUAGUCACAGAAGUAAUGGAGAUAAGGGACUUGAACUUAUGGAAGAUAGUCAAGAUCCUUUUGCAUUUGAUGAUGAUUUUGAACCUUCACGAUGGGAUUUAAUGUCUACUAAGCCAAAGGUGUCUAAAACUCAAGUUAGGCAGACAUCACUUCUUGAACGUGAUGAUGAAUACCAAUCUCUCAUUGUGCGAAGCCAGCAAGAGUCAAGUGUCCAGGAGAACAAACAAGAGUCAAGUAGCAAGGAAAACAAUCAAUCUGGUCAAACCUUUUGUACUUCUGAUGCUGAUGAAAUGUCGACCCUUCUGGCAGAUUGCCUUCUCACAGCUGUUAAGGUCCUGAUGAACUUGACGAAUGACAACCCUAUGGGCUGUCAGCAAAUUGCUGCCAGUGGUGGACUGGAAGCUUUAUCUGCUUUGAUCGCCAGCCAUUUUCCAUCCUUCAGCUUGCAUUUGGAUUGUAAUGGGUCAUCAAAAUCAAGUGUUGGAUCUGAUAGUGCUUGCCAUCUCAGUGAUCAAGAGCUAGAUUUUCUUGUUGCUAUUUUGGGUCUGCUUGUCAAUUUGGUGGAAAAGGAUGGCGGUAACAGGUCUAGACUUGCAGCUGCUAGUAUUUCAUUGCCUGGCUCAGAAGGUUUGUUUAAGGGAGAGACCCAGACCGAUGUUAUCCCUUUGCUAUGUGCAAUCUUUCUGGCUAAUCAAGGGGCUGGAGAGGCUGCUGGGGAAGGAAAAUGUUUGCAAUGGGAUGAUGAAGAUGCUGUAUUACAGGGGGAGAAAGAAGCUGAAAAAAUGAUUAUCGAAGCUUAUUCAGCUCUCCUUCUUGCCUUUCUUUCAACGGAGAGCAAGAGCAUACGGCUGGCAAUUGCUGGUUAUUUACCAGAUCAUAAGUUGUCCGUUCUCGUACCCGUGCUGGAGAGAUUUGUGGAAUUCCACAUGACUCUGAACAUGAUUUCGCCGGAGACUCAUUCAACAGUGCUUGAAGUAAUAGAAUCUUGUAGGGUUCAGUGAGAGCAGUAGAUAUCUCCAUUGUUUCCCUUUCCUUUCGCGUCUUUUCCUUGAAGAUAUGGCGACAAUGAGACUGUACAGCCUACCUACCUACUCUUGUCUGCAGCAUUGGUGCAUUACAAAUCCCAUCUCAGGAUUUUUAGACAUGUCCUUUGUUUGACUAUGAUUUCUCUCAUCUUUAUUGAAACAUAUAAUUUUUUCCCCUAUUUUCCAGCCGAUUGUCACCUUGUUUGGUGUGGGCUGAGAUGCUUGUACAUGCAGAAAGAUUAUGAAUGUGUAACAACGAUUGUAAUUUCUAGUAAUUUUUUAGUUGAUGGUUACUCUCUCUUGACAA